UUGUUUGUGUACGGCGUGUUUCGGCGCGCGCGAAACUUCACGUACGUUCCCGUACGCUCCAUCGUUAUUGUUUCUGUGUUUUUUUCUGUGCAGCUUUUGGAACAAACGCGAACGGCACCAUGGGAAUUAAGGGACUUUCACAGCUGAUCGCCGAUAUCGCCCCGUUUGCGGUGAAGGAAGGCGAAAUUAAACAAUUCUUCGGAAGAAAAGUCGCAAUCGAUGCAUCGAUGUGUCUGUACCAGUUCCUGAUUGCCGUGCGGGCUGAGGGUGCCCAGCUGACGUCGGUGGACGGCGAGACGACGUCCCACCUGAUGGGCACGUUCUACCGCACCAUCCGGCUGCUCGAGAACGGCAUCAAGCCGGUGUACGUGUUCGACGGCAAGCCGCCGGACCUUAAGUCGGGCGAGCUGAACAAGCGGGCCGAGCGGCGCGAGGAGGCCCAGAAAGCGCUGGACAAAGCGACCGAAGCAGGUGCGACGGAGGAUAUCGAGAAGUUCAACCGUCGGCUCGUGAAGGUGACGAAACACCACGCCAACGAAGCGAAGGAGCUGCUGCGGCUGAUGGGCGUCCCGUACGUGGAAGCGCCGUGCGAAGCGGAAGCCCAAUGCGCCGCCCUGGUGCGCGCGGGCAAGGUGUACGCGACGGCCACCGAGGACAUGGAUGCGCUCACGUUCGGUUCGAACAUCCUGCUGCGGCAUCUUACCUUCAGCGAGGCGCGCAAGAUGCCGGUGCAGGAGUUUGCGUACGAAAAGGUGCUGAAGGGGUUCGAGCUGACGCAGGACGAGUUCAUCGAUCUGUGCAUACUGCUCGGGUGCGACUACUGCGACACGAUCCGGGGCAUCGGGCCGAAGAAAGCGAUCGAGCUGAUCAACAAGCACCGCACGAUCGAGAAGAUACUGGAGCAUCUGGACCGGCAGAAGUACAUCGUGCCGGAGGGCUGGAACUAUGAGCAGGCGCGCAAGCUGUUCAAGGAGCCGGAGGUGCAGGACGCGGACACGAUCGAGCUCAAGUGGAGCGAACCGGACGAGGAGGGGCUGGUGAAGUUCCUGUGCGGCGACCGGCAGUUCAACGAGGAUCGCAUACGCUCGGGCGCGAAGAAAAUACUGAAAACGAAAAACACCGCCACCCAGGGCAGGUUGGAUUCCUUCUUCAAGGUCCUGCCGUCGACCGGCACGCCCAAGCGAAAGGUGGACGAAAAGAAGCCGCUGGCCGGGUCGUCGGCAAAGAAGGCCAAAACUAGCGGCGCGACGAGGGGCAGAAAGCCAAAGUAAAUGUCUGAUCCUACUUACCGACGGUUUUUUGGGGCUGAUUGCUAUUAUUUGUACUACGUAAGACACCUUCUUUCUAAAUCCUCAACUGCGCGAAUUGUUCGAUUAAUCUUAAAAAUAAACAUUAUACUUCUAUAUAAAUACAA